AUGACUGAGAAACUGUGGGAACUAUCCAUACUUCAAACGCUUGACGUUUCUUUUAAUACUCUUACAGUUCCUUCCAAGUAUCACUUGUCAGGCCUUUCUUAUGUAAAGGUUAUUGAUCUGAUGUCUUGUAAGAUAGGGCCUCGCUUCCCGAAAUGGGUUCAGACACUCAAAAAUCUUACCGCUCUUGAUCUUUCCAAUACUGGAAUGUCAGACACAACUCCUCUAGGUUUUUGGUAUAUGUGGCCUUCUCAAGUAGAAUAUCUGAAUCUCUCUUCCAACAACAUUGGAGGGAAAGUACCAGAUUUAUUAUCAAAAUUUGCCUCAUAUUCAGUGAUAGAUUUGAGUUCCAACAACUUUAAUGGCCAAAUACCGAAAAUCUCUUCCACUUUGACAUCAUUAAAUCUUUCUAGAAACAAUUUCUCUGGAGGGAUCUCCUUUAUAUGUCAAAUUGUUGAUGGGUGGUUAGAAUAUCUUGACCUCUCUCAUAACUCAUUAAUUGGACAACUCCUGGACUGUUUGUGGCAUUUCAAAGAACUAAAAGUUCUUAAUCUCGAACACAACAAUCUCUUUGGAAGGCUUCCUCCCUCUAUUGGAUCUUUGAUACAACUAGAGGUGUUGUAUUUAUAUAAGAACAACUUCUCUGGAGAAUUGCCUCUGUCUUUAAAAAGUUGCACACUUUUAAUCUCAUUGGAUUUAGGGGCCAACAAGUUUUCUGGUAAAGUGCCCGUCUGGAUUGGUGAAAACUUAUAG